UAAAAUAUAGACCUAAUGUGCUAGAUAAGCCCGCUCAAACGCCUCUUUGUUUCCUCCCCCGAUGUCAGUAGUCGAAGCUGCGGCGGCGUUGCUAUCGAAAAUAGCUCAAGCUGCCGACGGAGCUGUCAUCGGUGGUGCAGUCCUUGCUUCCGUGGCAGUCCUCAGCAUUCUCGAUUUCGCUUCUUACUCUUCCGCUUUGCGUAAAAUCAAAGACGCUCCUUCUAUCCGCGUCUCUGAUCUCCGGUCGAUUCUGUCAGUUUCCGAUCACGAUUCCGGUGAUCGGAAGCUCGUCGUUGUCCGUGGAUACGUUAAGGCUAAAUCGGCCGUUGAAGGCAUUUGGAAAACUCUCGGUCCUAGAGCGAUCGUCUCUCCUCACUCCGGGGAUAAGGCCGUCAUUUUGCUCCGAACACAAACGUCUAUAUGCAAAGUGUGGAGGGGAUUGUUUGGAUGGACUUCGGAGCGAUCUGUCUUUACGAUUCCGUUUAUUCUUGUGGACCGUGGGAUAUGGUCAAAUUCUGAUUAUGUUGUUGUAAACAUAAAUGGUUCAAGACAUCCGCUGCCUCUUGUUACUGUUCAUCAUCACUUGCAGCCUAUAACAGCUUCUCCUUGUACACUUCUCCAGGUUGGACUGCUUGAAGAUGAGAAAAUUCUGCCACUAGGAAAGGAUAUAACUGUGGUUGGCAUGUGUGGACUGAGUAAUAAAACUCUUGAGAUCAAGUCAUGCAAGGAUCUGCCUUUUUUCAUGUCUGACAUGACUAAGGAACAGAUGCUGGUAGAUCUCGCCUUCAGGACAAAAGUUGUACUAUGGAGCGGAGUUGUUGUUGGUUCUUUAGCAAUAGGUGUGCUAGGUUAUGCUGCUGUUAGGAAUUGGAAUAAAUGGAAGGAGUGGAGGCAAAUGAGGCGGAUCCAACGAGAUAACACUGAUGAUAGUAGUGAAGCUGACACUCAGAUUGUAAGAGAUGAGGAGAAUGGGGAUAUUCCGGAAGGGGAGUUAUGUGCGAUCUGCUUAGCGAGAAGGCGAAGGUCUGCAUUCAUUCCAUGCGGGCAUCUACUUUGUUGUCCACGGUGUGCUCUGUUCUUAGAGCGCAAGUCGUCCAUAAGGAGCAAAACGAAACUGGUUGGCCUUUCCACCAGAGUCCCGCACAUCCAUUCAUCUCGUCCACUCUCAUUUCCCAGUGCCUGUCAUACUUCUUCAACAGCACUCGAGCUUCCUCAACGACAUCCUCUCGGAAUGCUUCCCUGGUGAACCCCGCACCCUGCAUCCUCUCGCACCACUGUUCUUUCCUCUCAUUCAUCUCUCCCGUAUUUGUCAAUGCCUUUGCUGUUUCUCCUUCGAUCAUUCUCCUCUGCUCGCUGUCUCCCCCCUUGAAUGCAGCGCUCG